UUCCGGUUAAGGUCUUAAUGAAGACGACUUCAUGCCGCUACAUUCAAAGGCUUUCAUUGGAGAACGCACAUUUUGUGAUUAAUGGCAUUUACAGUAAUUCACUCAGUUGUAUGUAAUGUACUCAUUGUAUAGAAGCCAUUACAAAUUUAAAACUUUACUCUGUUUAUACUAUGUUUAAGAGGAUGGCUGAAUUUGGUCCAGAUUCGGGGGGGCGGGUGAAGGGAGUGACUAUCGUGAAACCCAUCGUGUUUGGAAACGUUGCGCGAUAUUUUGGCAAGAAAAGAGAAGAAGAUGGUCACACUCAUCAGUGGACAGUUUAUGUGAAGCCCUACAGAAAUGAGGAUAUGUCUGCUUAUGUCAAAAAAAUACAGUUUAAAUUGCAUGAAAGUUAUGGGAACCCAUUAAGAGUUGUUACAAAGCCACCGUAUGAGAUCACAGAGACUGGAUGGGGAGAAUUUGAGAUCAUCAUAAAAAUCUUCUUCAUUGAUCCAAAUGAGAGACCGGUCACUCUGUAUCAUCUUCUGAAGCUGUUCCAGUCAGACUCCAGCGCCAUGCCAAAGAAGACUGUUGUAUCUGAGUUCUACGAUGAGAUGAUAUUUCAAGACCCUACAGCAAUGAUGCAACAGCUUCUAAACACCACCAGACAGCUGACAUUAGGCGCUUACAAACAUGAGACAGAGUUCGGAGAGUUGGAAUUGCGAACACGAGAAAAACUGGAAGCAGCGAAGAAGACGACGAGUCUGGAGAUCACAGAGCUGAAGGAGCGACUGAAAGCCUCCAGAGAAAACAUCAACUUCCUCAUGGGAGAGAUACGCAGACUGGAGGACGACGACCAGAUGAAAGAGCACUGAGGACUUUCACAACAUCAGACGUGGAACGUGUCUGUCCUGCGGCGUGACCGUGGACAAGGAGGAAGACCUACCCAUCACUCUUGACAUUUGCGGGAUUUGUUAGACUUUGAAAGGAAAAAGUGGGACGGAUCAUUUUAGUUUUGUGGUUUCGAAAAUGAAACAUGCUAGUAAAAAGGAAAAAAGAAAAAUGUCAAAGCAAGAACAAUGUGUAGCAAUGUAGAAUUGCCUUUUUUAAUCACAUAAAUGAACUCCGAAUACUUUGAGUUCACAUCCACUCACCGUAAAUGACUUUUUUGUUAUAAUAAAACAUUUUCUUUUUAACAAAAGUUCUUUUUUUAGCUUUUUUUUCCUUCAGUUUUUAAUGUUAUUUUAAACUUGUAUUUUUAUUUUAGCCCUAGAAUGAUUUGCAAAAUGCUUCCAAACUUGUAUGUUUACGUGUGAAAUGAGAUGAUAAAAUGAGUUAACAACAUUAGUUAACUUGAACUAACAAUGAACAACACAAUAUUAGUAUCAACAUGUACUAAUAUAUUUUUAAAGUCAAAAGUUGCAUAUGGUAACAUUAGUUAAUGCACAAUGAACAGUUGUAUUUUUAUUAACUAACAAACGAAGAUUAGUCAGUUCUGUAAAAAAUAUAUAGUGUUCAUCGUUUGUUCGUGAUACCUAAUGCAUUAGUUAUUGUUAACGAAUGAAACUUAUUGUAAAGUGUUACUGAGACUUCAACUUUUAAGAUGCUAUGCUUUUUGGCUCCACAAGAGGCUGAUAAAGUGCAAACAUUACAGCACUUUGACACUACAAAAAAGUCACUUUCACUUUACAGUUGUGUUAUUACAAUUGACAGUUUUUCAUAAUAGUUCAUUUAUGAAUAGUUUAUAAAUAGGUAAAUUAAUGUUUCAUCUAGAAGGUAAAAUAUGAAAUAAAAUGGGCUGAAAAGUUGA